GAAGAAAUAAUUUAUAGAAGUAAAGGUAAAGAGUAAAGUUCUUUACUUGACAUUCUAGUACUACCUUCUACAAUCGAAAUAAGUUAAGUAAUUUAUAAAAAAGUGAAAUUGCAGGAAUUCUACCCAUAUGGGUCUGGAUUUAUCGUUUCCAAGUGGAACUAACACUAUUGAAAGGUUAAUAACAGUGAAAAAUGACACUAAAACUUGAAGAAAUAUUAUGUUACUUUUGUUUAGUUUUGGGUUAAGUCUAUCUUCUAAGAUAUGAAUCAACGUCCUGAAUCCUCCGAACAACUGUCUACAUGUCCAUUAGUAAGGCUAGGCCAGAAUUCUGAUAAACAACCUGCACAAAUUAAUUCAGAUAAUCUACCAACCUAUAUAAGAGAGAAUUUUAGUUACCACCCUUUAUACAUAGACACAUACAGUCAAAAUGAUGACAAGAAGUUCAAACACAAACAAGCUGUAGAAAAAGCUCAGCCUUUUAAUUAUGUGCAAAAUUAUUACUUGCCAAACACCUAUAAUAGCCAGAGUAACAAUCAUUCGCCUUAUUCAUAUAAAGAUUCUUUAAGAGAAUACUAUUGGGAUGAAGAUAAACGAAAGAAAAUAAUCAACAUACAAUCUCCCAAUGAAUCCGUCUACAACAUCAGCAGCCAACAAGACACAAAUUGUCUCCUCGACAAUUUUACUAUGCUGGGAAAAACCAGUCCCAGUUUAGAUCAAGGCUACCACACUCUGGUGACCCCAAAUCAGGAUUUUUGGAACACACACCUCUAUAAAGGCAAAAAGUGCCAAUCCAAGAAUAACUCAUUCGACAGGCUCCCUGACGAACUGGUUGUUAAGAUAUUUUCAUUUUUAUCCAGCGUCGAUUUGAGCUUAUGCGCGCAAGUGUGUAGAAGAUUCGACAUAUUAGCGUGGACACCGACUCUUUGGAGGAUAAUAACUAUAGAAGAUGAUCAUGUUAGUGGUGACAAGGCGAUCCGUUGCGUGCUAAGACAGCUUUGCGGACAGGGAAAGACCGGCGCUUGUCCAAAUGUUGAAAGAAUACACAUCACUAGCGGCGCUAAACUCUCUGAGAAAAGUUUAUUACUCUUAGCCAGAAGGUGUCCGGAAUUAACUCAUUUACAACUACACGCUUGUACUAAUCUGACGAAUAGUAUCAUUCAUGAGAUUGUUACUAGGUGCACUAAUUUGCAACAUUUAGAUAUCACAGGUUGUACAAAAAUAUCGUGUAUUAACAUCACCAACGAUAUACAAUCAACAAGAAAAUUACAACUGCAAUAUUUAGAUUUAAGCGAUUGUGUUGCAUUACAAGACAAUGGACUACUCAUAAUUGUACGAAAUUCUCCAUUAUUAUCGUAUUUAUAUUUGCGUAGAUGUGUUGAAAUAACAGACGCGGGGCUGAAGUAUGUGCCAAGCUUUUGCUCAGGGUUAAGGGAACUCAGCGUCAGUGAUUGUUCGAACAUCACUGAUUUCGGCUUGUACGAGCUGGCCAAAUUAGGUGCUACCCUGAGGUACUUGUCAGUGGCGAAAUGUGAUCAAGUUAGUGAUGCGGGGCUAAAAGUUAUAGCGAAAAAAUGUUACAAAUUAAGGUAUUUAAAUGCAAGAGGCUGUGAAGCUGUAUCCGAUGAUGCAAUAAACAUAUUAGCGAGGUCUUGUACAAGGCUGAGAGCUUUGGAUAUAGGAAAAUGUGAUGUAAGCGAUGCAGGGUUAAGGUCGCUCGCUGAGAGUUGUCCGAACUUGAAGAAGUUGAGCCUUAGGAACUGUGAUUUAGUGACUGAUAGAGGCGUCCAAUGCAUCGCCUAUUAUUGUAGAGGGUUGCAGCAACUCAAUAUUCAAGAUUGCCAGAUAUCUAUAGACGGUUAUAGAGCCGUUAAAAAGUAUUGUAAACGAUGCGUUAUAGAGCACACUAAUCCUGGUUUUUUUUAACAUAUUCAUAAUUUUAUGCAACGCCGUUUCUUACACUCAUAUAUCACGCGUUUCAAUAUUAAUAAGUUUUUUAUUCUAUGCUCAUAACUUACAUAUUACUUCAUUUGCGUACUUGUAUAUUAACAGUUUCUGCAUUUUAUUCACGUCACAGUGGAUGCUUAAUAAAGAAUCGGCGUUGAAUAUAUAAUAUUAACUGUU